AUGGCCAUGCUGCAGGUAGUCGCACCGCCACGCUCGGGCGAGAAGCGCCGGCGAGAGGCCGCGCUGCCACCAACGGUCAAGCGCACGCGGUUCCUCUCGGACUUUGAUGUCGAAGAGAUGCUUUGCACGGUGCUCACGAUCGCCGAAGACCUGAGCCUGCUCCUGAACCUGACCAAGGACAUUUGCCUCGACACGCACUGUCGCCAGUGCAACCCAGUCGAAUUCAACACGCUCUGCGAGAAGCUCCGGCUCAUUGAGCAUUCGCUCAGCAGCAGCAACGAGCGCCCGUCCGUGCUUGCGGUCCAAGCCAUGUGCAAAGACCUCUACGACGUACUCAAGUACAUUCUCGAGAAGCACUACGUCGACUUUGCGCAGCUCGGCAUGGACCACCUCGUCCUCGCCGUGCGCCACCAGUUUGUUCAGUUUAUGCUCGAGUCGUCGCUCAACUAG